GAAAACACCGCGGUGCUGCGCGUAGAUUGGGCGGCCCAGACAAUUUUUGCAGGUGAAGCGGUGCGUCCAGAAUGGAAUCUAAUUUAAAUCAAGAUGGAGUGCCUAGACCAUCUUAUGUUGUUAGUGCUGACCCAAUUGCAAGGCCUUCGGAAAUAAAUUUUGAUGGCGUUAAGCUUAAUCUCUCUCGUGAAUUUUCCUUAGUUGCUUCAAGCACUGAGGCAAAUAGUUUGGAAUCCAAAGAUUAUCUCCAGGUUUGUCUUCGAAUAAGACCGUUUACACAGUCAGAAAAAGAACAUGAGUCUGAGGGCUGUGUGUAUAUGCUGGACUCACAGACCAUUCUGCUGAAAGAUCCUCAAAGCAUCCUUGGUCGGUUAAGUGAGAAAAGCUCUGGACAGAUGGCACAGAAAUUCAGUUUUUCCAAGGUUUUUGGCCCAGAAACUACACAGAAGGAAUUCUUCCAGGGUUGCAUUAUGCAGCCAGUAAAAGACCUCUUGAAAGGACAGAGUCGGCUGAUUUUUACUUACGGGCUAACCAAUUCAGGAAAAACAUAUACAUUUCAAGGCACAGAAGAAAAUAUUGGUAUUCUGCCACGAACUUUGAAUGUAUUAUUUGAUAGUCUUCAGGAAAGGCUAUACACAAAGAUGAACCUUAAACCACAUAGAUCUAGAGAAUAUUUACGGUUAUCACCACAUCAAGAGAAAGAAGAGGUUGCUAGCAAAAGUGCAUUGCUUCGGCAAAUUAAAGAGGUUGUGAUGCAGAAUGAUAGUUAUGAUACUCUUUAUGGAAGUUUAACCAGCUCUUUGAAUAUCCCAGAGUUUGAAGAAUCCAUGAAAGACUGUGAACAAGCUAGCUUGAAUAUGGAUAAUAAUAUAAAAUUUUCUGUGUGGGUUUCUUUCUUUGAGAUUUACAAUGAAUGUAUUUAUGACUUGUUUGUUCCCGUAUUAUCUAAGUUCCAAAAGAGAAAGAUGCUACGCCUUUCACAAGAUGUAAAGGGCUAUUCUUUUAUAAAAGAUCUACAAUGGAUUCAAGUAUCUGAUUCCAAAGAAGCGUAUAGACUCUUAAAACUAGGAAUAAAGCACCAGAGUGUUGCCUUCACCAAACUGAACAAUGCUUCUAGUAGAAGUCAUAGCAUAUUCACUAUUAGAAUAUUACAGAUUGAAGAUUCUGAAAUGCCUCGUGUAAUACGAGUCAGUGAAUUGUGUUUAUGUGAUCUUGCUGGUUCAGAAAGAAGCAUGAAGACACAGAAUGAAGGGGAAAGGUUAAGAGAGACUGGGAAUAUCAACACUUCUUUAUUGACUCUGGGAAAGUGUAUCAAUGUUUUGAAAAACAGUGAAAAGUCAAAGUUUCAACAGCACGUGCCUUUCCGGGAAAGCAAACUGACCCACUAUUUUCAAAGUUUUUUUAAUGGUAAAGGGAAAAUAUGCAUGAUUGUCAACAUCAGCCAAUGUUAUUUUGCCUAUGAUGAAACGCUCAAUGUGUUGAAAUUCUCAGCCAUUGCACAAAAAGUUUGUGUUCCAGACACUUUAAAUUCUUCGCAAGAGAAAUCAUUUGGACCUGUCAAGUCUCAAGAUAUAUUAUUGGACAUUAAUAAUUCAGUUAAUAAAAUAUUAAAUGUAAAAAGAUCCACAAUUUCAUGGGAAAGUGGUCUAGAAGAUGUGGUGGAAGAUGAAGAUCUAAUUGAGGAUUUAGAAAAAGGUGAAGAAAACCAAAGUGUGGAAACUGAACUUACUGAUGAAGAUCUAGAUAAAACACUGGAGGAAGAUAAGGCUUUCAUUAGCUACGAGGAGAAGAGAAAACUAUUAGAUUUAAUAGAAGACUUGAAAAAAAAACUGAUAAAUGAAAGAAAAGAAAAGUUAACACUGGAAUUUAAAAUUCGUGAUGAAGUUACACAGGAGUUUACUCAAUAUUUAGCUCAACGGGAAGCUGACUUUAAGGAAACUCUCCUUCAGGAACGAGAGAUACUUGAAGAAAAUGCUGAAUGUCGUUUGGCUAUCUUCAAGGAUUUGGUUGGUAAAUGUGAUACUCAAGAAGAACCAGCAAAUCAAGAUUGUGCCAUGGAAGUUGAAACCAAAGAAGCUAUUGCUUGUUUAGAAAUAAAAUUUAAUCAAGUUAAGGCUGAAUUAACUAAAACCAAAGAAGAAUUAAUCAAAACCCAGGAAGAGUUAAAAAAGAGAGAAAAUGAAUCAGAAAUUAAUUUAAAUUCAUUGGUUCAAGAACUUGAGAAAUCUAAUAAGCCUAAGGAUGGUACAUUUUCUUUAAUAAUAAACAAUAAAUUGGCUUCUAAUGAAACCACUGAAGUGCCUGAGGACAACAAAACCAAAACUGAUUUGGGAAGAAAAAGAAUAAAUAAAAAUGAACUUCAACUAGAAGAGCCACCAGCAAAGAAAGGAUCUAUUCAUGCUAGUCCAACUAUCACUGAAGAUGAAAAGAAAAGUGAAGAAAUGCAAAAGCGCAUUUCAGAAGAUGGGGAAGGCAUUAGAAUUUUACAAGAAAAUAAUGAAGAGAUGAAAACAUGUUUACUUUCCGCUGAAAAUGAACUUAAAAAUGAAAAGGCAGAAAAAGCAGAAUUAAAUAAAAAGAUUAUUAGUUUGCAGCAGGAACUUUCUCUUUCUGAAAAAAAGAGUUUUAUUUUAAGUAUAGAGGUCCAACAAAUUCAGUCAAAUUAUGAUAAUGCAAUUUCUGAAUUACAUGUGCAGAGAGGUAUAAAUCAAGAACAAGAGGAAAAGAUUGUGAGAUUGUCAGAGGAGAUAGAAACCGCUAGGAAAAACAUCACAAAUAAUGUUUCCCAAAUUAAAUUAAUGCAAGCAAAAAUAGAUGAACUGCGAAUGCUUGAUUCAGUUGCUCAGAUCUCAAACAUAGAUUUACUCAAUCUCAGGGAUCUGUCAAGUGGUUCUCAAGAGGAUAAUUUGCCAAAUACACAGUUACGCCUUUUAGAGAAUGAUAAUUUGGUAAGUAAGCGGAUUAAAGAAUAUCAUAUUCAAGAACUCAGUAGGGAAAGUUCUUUUCAUUCUAGUAUUGAGGCCAUUUGGGAAGAAUGUAAGGAAAUUGUAAAGGUCUCUUCCAAAAAAAGUCAUCAGAUCCAGGAACUGGAACAACAGAUUGAAAAGUUACAGGCAGAAUUAAAAGGUUGCAUGGAUGAAAACAAUAGAUUAAAAACAGAGGAGAAGGAGAAUAAAAAUCAAGGUGACCUACUAAAAGAAAAAGAAAAUCUUAUACAGCAGCUGCAACAAGAAUUGCAAGAAAAAAAUAUUUCUCUUGAUAUUCAAGUACAACAUGUAGUUGAAGGGAAGAGAGCACUUUCAGAACUUACACAAGAUGUUACUUGCUAUAAGAUGAGAAUAAAAGAACUUGAAGCAAUUUUAGAAACUCAAAAAGAUGAAUGCAAUCAUUCAGCCAAGUUAAAACAAGAAAUUUUGGAAAAGGAAUCUGUCAUCUUAGAGCUAGAAAGAAAUCUGAAGGAAUUUCAAGCAAAUCUUCAGGAUUCUAUCAAAAACAACAGAGAUUUAAGUGAAAGGGAAGUCAAGUUGAAAGAAGAAAUCUCACAAUUAACAAGUAAUUUGCAAGAUGCAAAGCAUUCACUUCAGUUAAAGGAAGAAGAAAAGGAAACCAACUGGCAAAAAGCAGAAAAGUUGAAAGAGGAGCUAUCUGCAAGCUCUGCCCUUACACAGACUCUGAAAGCAGAUCUUCAGAGGAAGGAAGAAGAUUAUGCUGAGCUGAAAGAGAAACUCGCUGAUGCCAAAAAACAGAUUGAGCAAGUUCAGAAAGAGGUAUCUGUAAUGCGUGAUGAGGAGAAAUUACUACGGAUUAAAAUUAAUGAACUGGAGAAAAAGAAAAACCAGUGUUUGCAGGAAAUAGAUAUGAAACAGCGAACUAUUCAGCAACUCAAGGAGCAGUUAAGUAAUCAAAAUGUGGAAGAAGCUAUGCAACAGUAUGAGAGAGUGUGCAAAGAUCUAAAUGUUAAAGAAAAAAUAAUUGAAGACAUGCGAAUGACCCUGGAAGAACAGGAACAAACUCAGGUGGAACAGGAGCGAGUGCUCGAGGCUAAGUUAGAGGAAGCUGAAAGACUGGCCAUGGAAUUGGAAAAAUGGAAGGAAAAGUGCAGCGAUCUGGAAGCCAAAAGUAAUCAAAGAUCAAACAGAGAACUCGAGGAUAACACAGAUACACUUGGUGAAAAGCUCAGUAAGCUUCAGGAUGAGUUACAGGAAUGUGAACAUAAAUAUAAAGCCGAUAGAAAGAAAUGGCUAGAAGAAAAAAUGAUGCUUAUCACUCAGGCAAAAGAAGCUGAGAAUCUUCGAAACAAAGAGAUGAAAAAAUAUGCUGAAGACAGAGAGCGUUGUUUAAAACAACAAAAUGAAGUGGAAAUACUUACAGCACAACUAGCAGAGAAAGAUGAGAAUCUUCAGAAGUGGCGAGAAGAACGGGAUCAACUGGUUGCGGCUUUAGAAGUACAGCUGAAGGAACUGAUCUCCAGUAAUAUCCAGAAAGAUAAUGAAAUUGAACAAUUAAGAAAGAUCACGUUGGAGCCUCCUAAAACCGAAGAACAAAAUGUCGAUAUCAAGCCUACACAUAUGAGUUCAAUGGAUCCUGGCAGAGUUGAAACGGAACCUCAGUCAACAAGUUUUGAAGUUUCUAGGAAUGAGGUAGAGGAUGGCUCUGUAGUUCUUGACUCUUGUGAAGUGUCAACAGAAAAUAAUCAAACCACUCGAUUUCCAAAACCUGAGUUAGAGAUUCAAUUUACACCUUUACGGCCAAACAAAAUGGCAGUGAAACACCCUGGUUGCACUUUACCCGUGACGGUUAAGAUUCCCAAGGCCCGGAAGAGGAAGAGUAAUGAAAUGGAGGAGAAUAGUAUAUUUUCAAGCUGGUGGAAGAGCAGAAAUAAUAUUAACCAUACUCCUGAGGCUCUCUGUCAGGACUUGGUGAAAUGUGAAAAUAAGAAGAAUGCUACACCCAGACCUAAUCUGAAGUCUCCUGUUUCUGAGCAUAGAAAUUCUUCUGUCAAAAAGGAACAAAAGGUUUCCACACGUCCAUCAUCUAAGAAAACAUACUCUUUACGGAGUCAGGCAUCCACAGUUAGUAUAGAUGUGACCACUAAGAAAAAAGAAGGAACACUACAGAAAUUUGGAGACUUCUUACAACAUUCUCCAACAAUUCUUCAAUCAAAAGCAAAGAAGAUAAUUGAAACAAUGAGCUCUUCAAAGCUCUCAAAUGUGGAAGUAAGUAAAGAAAACAUGUCUCGACCAAAACGGGCCAAACGGAAAUUAUACACAAAUGAAAUUUCAUCUCCUAUUGAUAUAUCUGGGCAAGUGAUUUUGAUGGACCAUAAAGUAAAGGAAAGUGAUCAUCAGAUUCUCAAACGACGACUCCGAACUAAAACAGCUAAAUAAAUCACUUAUGGAAAAUGUUUUAAUAGAGGUUUUAUGUUCAUAAUCAUUGUAACUUGAGUCCUGACUUUUCAAAGAUAAUUGUAUAUAUUAUAAUGCAUUAAUUCCUGUGUAUACAUUGCUAUUUUAUACAUAGUAUAAUUUUAAUUCAAUAAAGACAAUAAAUCAACA